AAUAACCAUGCAAUUCAACAAUGGCAUAACAGGGGAAGAAUCUGUUCCUUUGUUGCAGAAAAUACCAUCAAUAAGACAGAACGAAGAAGAGGAGGAUUUAGGGAAAAGGGUUUGGAUCGAAUCAAAACUGCUAUGGCACAUCGUUGGUCCAGCCAUCUUCAGCCGUGUCUCCUCCUUCUCUAUGAAUGUCAUCACCCAAGCCUUCGCUGGCCAUCUUGGUGAUCUCGAGCUCGCUUCCCUCUCCAUCGCCAAUAAUGUCAUUGUUGGCUUCAAUUUCGGUCUUUUGUUAGGAAUGGCAAGUGCAUUGGAGACACUAUGUGGUCAGGCAUUUGGAGCCAAGAAAUUCCAUAUGUUGGGAAUCUAUAUGCAGAGAUCAUGGAUUGUUCUGUUUCUCUGCUCUGUUUUGCUUCUGCCCAUGUACAUAUUUGCCACUCCUAUUCUGAAAUUGAUGGGGCAACCGGAGGAUGUGGCGGAGCAGUCGGGUAUGGUGGCCCUCUGGCUUAUCCCUCUCCAUUUUAGCUUUGCAUUCCAGUUUCCUUUGCAGAGGUUCUUGCAAUGCCAGCUUAAGACUGCAGUGAUUGCCUGGGUUUCCCUGGUGGCUUUCAUUGUUCAUGUAUUUGUGAGUUGGCUUUUUGUGUAUGGCUUCAAGCUUGGCUUGGUGGGAACUGCUAUUACCCUUAACUUCUCAUGGUGGAUUCUGGUUUUUGGAUUGUUGGCUUACACCAUUUGUGGUGGGUGUCCUCUCUCUUGGACUGGUUUCUCUGUUCAAGCUUUCUCUGGCCUUUGGGAUUUCCUCAAGCUCUCUGCAGCUGCAGGUGUCAUGCUCUGCUUGGAGAACUGGUAUUACAGAAUAAUUAUAUUGAUGACAGGGAAUCUGAAGAACGCAAAGCUUGCAGUUGAUGCUCUGUCCAUCUGCAUGACCAUUAAUGGAUGGGAAAUGAUGAUUCCAUUGGCGUUCUUUGCGGCAACUGGAGUAAGGGUUGCAAACGAGCUAGGAGCAGGGAAUGGGAAAGGAGCAAAGUUUGCAACAAAAGUAUCAGUGGUGACAUCUACAAUAAUAGGUCUCAUAUUUGGUGUUCUAAUUAUGAUAUUCCACAGCAACUUUGCAAUUAUCUUCACUUCCAGCUACCAAGUUAUUACUGCUGUCGACAAGCUCUCUGUCCUCUUGGUCUUCACCAUUCUCCUCAACAGCGUUCAACCAGUUCUCUCUGGAGUGGCUAUUGGAUCGGGAUGGCAAGGUUUUGUGGCCUACAUAAAUUUGGGUUGCUACUACAUCAUUGGGGUCCCUUUCGGUGUUUUAUUGGGAUGGUUCUUUAAUCUUGGAGUCGAGGGUAUCUGGAUUGGGAUGAUUUGUGGGACCGGGGUGCAAACAUUGGUAUUGUCCAUCAUCACCAUUCGUUGCGACUGGGAUAAUGAGGCAAAGAAAGCAACCUUAGCGGUAGAAAAAUGGGCGAAAUCAGAUGUUGCAGACGGCGAAAACCAAAUCACACAGUAA